AACCCUCCCAUCUUCAACACCACAACCCUUAAUAACGCCUCCCCUCUAUAUGCAACAAUUACAUUCUGCACAAAAUCAGCAGAAGAAGAAGAAGCUUAGAUAGAUCAUGAGCAACGUUCCAAAGUCUCUAACCGACUCUUCUCUCACCCUCUUCAAUCUCGCCAUCUCCGCUUCCGAUCCCUGGCCUUUCUCUCUCAUCAUCUCCUCCUUGUAACCCAGUCCCCUAGCUACCUUUCUUCAUCGAUCGCUUAAUUGAUUCCCGUCCGGCGACUUCUAGAUCGAUCUCGAACGCCGAUUUCGAUUUCGAUUUCGAUUUCUCUUUUUUUUUUUUUGUUUGUUUAGUUUAACAGAAUUUUUUGAUCGAGAUGGGUAGCGGAAGCGGAGAUGUUUUUCACGUUCAUCACGUGAAGCAGAGAGAGGAUCUUCGGAGCAUACCGAAAGGGUGUUUAGCGAUUAUGGUGGGGCAGGGGGAGGAGGAGCAGCAGCGCUUCGUCAUCCCUGUCGUCUACAUCAACCACCCUCUGUUCUUGCAGCUUUUGAAAGAGGCCGAGGAGGAGUACGGAUUCAAGCACGACGGUCCGAUUAAUAUCCCCUGCCACGUGGAGGAGUUUCGUCAUAUCCAGGGUAUGAUCGACAAGGACACUUCUCACCACCACCACCAUCAUGGCCAUGGCCGCCACCACCAUCACCACCACUCCGGGUGCUUCAAGAUCAGAGCUUAAUCAAUUAUAUUUGCUGAUUCAAAGUGGUGUAAACUGUAAAGUUGUUAUGGUUACGGCUUUUGGUUUUGGCAUUCCAUUUUCUUUGUCAUUAUGUUGUUGUCGACGGUUAUAUGAUAUUGACGAAAAUUAAUUAUACCAUUAACAUCUAUUAUUACCCUUUUUUUCCCUUUCUUUUUUUAAGUUGUAAUUCAUGAAA